AUGGCCGGAGACCCCGGCCUCGCGCUGCCAUCUCGACCGCUGCUGCCGGUGCUGCUGCUGGUGCUGGUGGCGGUGACCGGCCCCGCGGCCGCGCAGCACAACUGCACGUGUCCCACCAACAAGAUGACCGUGUGCGAGCUGGACGGCCGCGGGCGCUGCCUCUGCCGGGCGCUCGGCUCCAACUUCGAGGUCAACUGCUCCACGCUGACUUCCAAGUGCCUGCUGCUCAAGGCGCGCGUGAGCGCCCCCAAGGCCGCGCGCGGGCUGGUGAGGCCGAGCGAGCACGCGAUCGUGGACAACGAUGGCCUGUACAACCCCGACUGCGACCACGACGGCCGCUUCAAGGCCCGCCAGUGCAACGGGACGUCUGUGUGCUGGUGCGUGAACUCGGUGGGCGUGCGCCGCACCGACAAGGGCGACCUGAACCUGCGCUGCGACGAGCUGGUGCGCACCCACCACAUCCUCAUCGACCUCCAACACCGCCCGGCCGCCCGCGCCUUCAACCACUCGGACCUGGACUCUGAGCUGCGGCGGCUCUUCCGCGAGCGCUACCGGCUGCACCCCAGAUUCUUGGCGGCGGUGCAUUACGAGGAGCCCACCAUCCAGAUCGAGCUGAGGCAGAACUCUUCGCAGAAGACCCCCGGAGACGUGGACAUCGCCGACGCCGCCUACUAUUUCGAGAGGGACGUCAAGGGCGAGUCGCUGUUCCAGGGCAGGGGAGGCUUGGACAUGCGCGUGCGUGGCGAGCCCCUGAACGUGGAGCGGACGCUCAUCUACUACCUGGACGAGAAGCCCCCUCAGUUCUCCAUGAAGCGCCUCACCGCCGGCCUCAUCGCUGUCAUCGUGGUGGUGGUGGUGGCCCUGGCCGCCUGCAUUGCGGUCCUGGUGAUCACCAACCGGAGGCGGUCCGGGAAGUACAAGAAGGUGGAGAUCAAGGAACUGGGGGAGUUGAGAAAGGAACCCAGUUUGUAGGUACCGGCGGGGCAGGGGGUGGGGACGGGUCCCGGAUUUUUAGCAUGGUUCCUGACCCAAGUGAGUUAGGCUUCUUGACUCCAGGCCCAAGGAGAUAUUUCUCCCCACCCCAAAUUCCUGCCUCCCACCCCACCUCACCAAAUGUAAUAGGUCUUGGCCUCAAGGUCACCUCUGUCUGAAUUCUGUCUUGAAGGAAGCAUUUUCAAAAUUCCUUCCCUUUCGGUCCAACAAGAGUCCUCAGUAGAAGAGUUAAGGAAGGUUUGGCAGAGGGUUAAGAAACCGGUGCCUGUGUGACCCUCCAGCGUGGUUGGCAAGAGAGCAUUCGAUUUUGAAGGCUUAAAAUGAGUUUAGAUGGGAAACAGCGUUUUUACUGUCUUGGGCUUUAAGUUAUUUGAUGGGCUCCACUGGUUCCUUGGCCUUCCUGAGAAGAGGCGUUUGCUAAUUGCCCGCCUAGUAUCAUCUUUACCACCUUCUCUAUCACCAACCGCAAAAUGCUGAUCGCGGGCACAGAAGCCUGUUUCAGCUGCCUGAACACGUUUUCCAUGUCUGUGAGGGCAGACCCUGCCUCGGAAACGGCGUCUACUCUUCAGCUUUCCCUUAAUACAGCUGAUAUUAGUUACUGUUUCUUUUGUAAAAUGUUUGUACAUAUGUUGUCUUUGAUAAUGCUGCUGUGAUUUUUUUUUAAAAAACACAAAUUUAAUAAAAUGUGGAA